AUGGAGGGCAAGGUGAUUGGAGGAUUGCAGACCAUCAACGGCGGUUACGAGAUAUGCAUAAUGCAUAAGCGAUUGUUUCUACAGCGUGCCUUGUCCAGCAUCUUCCAGCAGCAGCAUCUGUUGGAAACAGCGAGCGAGGUGAAAGGACGCAACUAUUGCGCAGUAAUGAGAAGGACUCGGGACCUUGCAUGA